AGGUCUAGAAUUCGAAGAAAACUGUGAGACAACUGUAAUUUAAUCUGAACGCUUUAAAUAAUUCUUCAAUCCAUUUUUCUACAAAUGCAAACGCAAAUGUAUUUCUUAAAGCCUUGUCUUCUCUCUGUGAUAGUGUUUUAUUGUAUUGAAUUGUUCGCAUGCGCUGUUUGAUUCGUUCAGCCUUCGUUUUCGUCUUAGACAGUAGGCUGACCGUUUUGCUACAGUCUGGAUGCCAAUGUAAAUAAAUGGCCUCAGCCGUGGUUUCCAGACUUGUUAUCUUAAUCUUUGGAACACUAUAUCCUGCAUAUGCAUCAUAUAAAGCAGUCAAGACAAAAAAUGUGAAGGAGUAUGUCAAAUGGAUGAUGUACUGGAUAAUAUUUGCUCUCUUCACUUGUGUUGAAACAUUUGCUGACAUUCUAGUAUCAUUUUGGCUUCCAUUUUAUUAUGAGAUGAAAAUCUUAUUUGUACUAUGGUUACUGUCACCAGCUACUAGAGGAUCCAGUCUGUUAUAUCGGAGAUUUGUACAUCCACAGCUGACAAAGCAUGAGAAGGAAAUAGAUGAGUAUAUAUCUAAAGCUCGAGAUCAAGGCUACAACACUGUUCUUCAACUUGGAUCCAAAGGUCUGAGUUAUGCAACAGCUGUUGUAAUGCAGACUGCUUUAAAGGGUCAAGAAACAUUAGUUCAACAUUUGCGUAAAAGUUAUAGCAUGAGUGAUUUAAUAGAAGAUCCGGCCAGUUCUUCACAACGUUUUUCAACUAGUCCUUCAGCUGCUGCUAACAUGAUAGAUGAAACUGACAGUGGGUCUGAUGAAAAUCAUAAGCCAUUGAGACAUCGUUGGGUUUCUGAAGGUGUUUUGUCUGAAGAUGAAAAGUUAUCUAAAGGGCGAGGGCAACCAGUAAGCUCUCAAAGUGGCAUGUCCACCAGGAGAACUAGAAGUGUUAAAGUUGUUAGAGGUGUGCAGCCCACCAAAGCUAAAGUGCUUUUAAAGCAGAGUUCAUAUGAAGAGGUAUCUGGAUAUGCAACUUUGCCACGAACUAGCAAGUCUAAAACUAGAAGGAAACCGUUAUGAUAUGCUUCUAGUAUAUGUAUAUGUAUAUACAUACGUUAUUUUCAUGUCACCAUUCUGCCUUAUUGUUUGAGUUUAUUUAAAAAAAUGAACUUCCUUAUACUGUUGCUUAUAUAGACAUUUAGUUUCUUGAAAAAUCUCAUAAUAUUUUACUUUCUGGCUGAGAAAAAUGCAAGUUAAGAAUAUGUGAUAUUAAUAAGUUAUUAAAUUCUUAACUUCUGAUAGAAUUUUAAAAGCAGAUAGGUAUAAAAUGUUAAAAACCUUUCAUCUACAUUGUGUAAACUUUUAUAAAUGAAAUUUUGUUUCCAUCAUAUGAAAGUUUCCUAUCAGUAUAUAUAUGUGUGUGUAUGUGUAUACGUACAUACAUGCACAUUAUAUGCAGAUUAAUAUAAAAUUAACUAGUAAGAUAAAUUCCAAGCUUUUGUUUCUAAGCUAAAUUUUUUAUUGUGUGAUGCUUAAAAGGUAGUGAUUUGUUUAUCUUCCAUAUUGUUUGUAUAUCUUCUAAAUAUUAAUGUAAAACAUUGAGUGAAAUUUGUUUUUUAUUCAGGAAAAAUAGUCAUUUAUUGUAUGAGGAUUGUUGAUGGUUCAGAUAACUUAGUUAUUUUUGAAGAUAUUGCUAGUAGCAUUCAUAAACAAUAAAAGAAUCAGCAUUGUCUAGCGCUGAACAUAAUUUAGAAAUAAAAGUUUAAGAUUGAAAGUUGUAAAAGCAGCUUGGAAGUGGAAUAAUUUAUAUGGAAAAUGCAAGUCAAUUCAGGGGUUGACAACAUACGGUGUGUCUGUGCCAAUCUGUAUAUUAAUCUCGUUUUGAUGCAGAAUUUAGGUAUUUGUGUGUGGCAUUCAAAUUGAAAAAUAAUUUAUAUCAUUCCUUUUGUAAAAUAUAUCCCAGUGUUAUAGUGAGCCAGAGGUACUGAUAUCUGAUUUUUUCUCUUGCUGCUCAAGAAGUUCCUGUAAUAGUAAAAAUCCAGUGACUGAAGAAGUGAAGAUAUCUGUUUUACUUCCUUCCUCUUUAUGGUGAUUAAACUAACCUCAGAUGUAUUUAGCUCUAUUUUGAUGGAUGUGGUGGCUAGCAGAGGCCAGUUACUACACCAAUGUGUUGGGUUUAAAUCUCAUGCAAAACAUUUUGUGUAUGUAGUUUUUUUCAUGUGGAGUUGUGAUACUUAAGAUAUCCUGUGCAAUCAUAUUUCCAUAAGUACUAAAAUUCACUGAAGAAUAAAAAGCUUAUUUAAGAACAGAAAUUUUGUCAAAUGAUGAGCAAGAAAUUUGAGAAUAAAUUUAGGUAAUUUCAUUCUUUUCAAUAAUAGUAGAGAGUUGGUGACGUGAUGAUUUUCAUCCCAGCGCCAUUUUUUUUUUGUUGUUCUUUUGUAGGCAUUUUACUGAAAAUGUGAAAUGCAUGGUAGUCUGAAAUGUUGUUAUGCCAGAUUUACCCUAAAAUUUUGAAAUAAAGCUCAAAGGAAACACUCUAAUGUAUUAAAAAAAAAAAAAAAAGGAUUUUGCAAAUGCAAUAAAAGCUCAACUGUCCAGAAAACUCG